UUAAAACUCAGUUAGACUUUUCAUAUAUUCUUUGUAUUCUGUAACAUUUGUGUAAAGCUAUUCAAAAGCGAAAAUCAUAUAAAUUAUUAUAUAUCUCUUCAUAACAUACUUUUUCUUUUAUUAUUAUAACAUAUGAUUUUUUCUUUUUCUCGUAGCGAUUAAUAAUUUCAAAGAAAUUGACGAUGUUGUUGUAAAACUUUUCAAGUGAUAAGUUUUAGACAUGAAAGGUAUGGAAUUUCCUCGCUUUUAAUAAUCGGCGUGUAUGCAUCGCGUUAGUAUUGUGUAGGAACUAUACUCAUCUACUUCGCAUUUUCCUUAUUAUGAAUCGUCAUUUGUUUUCCUUCUUGUUAUGUCAGUUAAUGUAAUCCCCGCUUAAGUGGUAUUAACGGAAUCUACGUCAUUUCACGUAGUCUUGAGUUUGUUGAUAAACACACUCAAUGACCUCGACAUCGUACACCACCGCUAAAUUGUAAUCCUUUGAAUUGUUUACAACAUUCAAAUUUUGUUCGUUAUUAUUUUACUCAAUGUUAGUUGACGGAUUAUACUUUCUGAUACUUUUUUUCUGAUUUUGAUUGGUGAAAAGGAUAUAAGAGUUCCAGGAGAAAAGUUGAAGAUAAACUUGAUAUCUCUCUAACCACGGAAGAUAGCGAAAAUCUAUUUGGAUACGAUAAUUGAAAAUUUAUUUAUCGGUAAGCAAAAUCUGUAGACUUAGCCUUAAAGGGAGAUUCGUCGUCGUCGUGAUAAUGUGAACGGGUCGUAACGCGUGCACCAAGAAAGCCGCCACCAAGAACGUUGUGCUAAAAAAUUUAUUAAAUUACAAAGAUUUACGAUCGAAUAUAAAAAUGGAAACAAUGUCGAAUCCUUAUCCAAGAAAGAUGCACGACACGUACGAGGACGAAGAAGAGAGGAAACACUUUCAACGCAUCGUGUCGGCUUUUAAAUAUUACAAAAAUCACUCGUUACAAAGGGUAAAAAAAACAGAGUCCUAUUUGUUAUCGCUUCCAGCUCAUCAUCAAAAACUUCUAUCAAAGUAUAGGGAACAUCUACAAGAAGUUAAAAGGUGUAUUGAAAAUAAUGAUGAAAUAAUUAAAUUCAUUAUAAAAGAUGUUGCCCAUAUUUUUGAAAAUGUGAGCCCAACUAGUGCACAGACUGACAGUGUAAGAAAAAUUUACAUGACACUAAAUCCUCGUCCAGUAAUGGCUGAUCAGGAAAAGGUCCAAGCUACAAUUAAACAACUGGUUCGUGAUUGGAGCGUGGAAGGAACUGAGGAACGCAAUGCUUGUUAUCAACCUAUUAUAGAUGAAAUCAUAAAUCAAUUUCCUUUAGGAUAUUGUACGCCGUCGGAAGUGCAAAUUCUAGUACCUGGAGCAGGUUUAGGAAGACUUGCAUAUGAAAUUGCGCGACGUGGAUAUACUUGUCAAGGAAAUGAAUUUUCACUUUUUAUGCUUUUUGCAUCACAUUUUGUAUUAAAUAAAUGUAGAGGAGUAAAUUCAUACCAAGUACAUCCUUGGGUACAUCAGUAUAUGAAUAAUUUAAAGCCAGAACAUCAAACUCAGGCUGUAUUCUUUCCUGAUGUAAAUCCUAGUGAUCUUCCAGAAGACGCGCAAUUUUCUAUGACUGCUGGCGAUUUUCUGGAGGUUUAUACAGAAGACAAUCAUUGGGACUGUGUUGCAACAUGUUUUUUCAUAGAUUGUGCAAACAAUGUUGUACAGUUUAUUGAGACAAUCUAUAAAAUUCUGAAGCCAGGAGGAGUGUGGAUAAAUCUUGGUCCAUUAUUAUACCAUUUUAGCGAUAUGCCGAUGGAAGAUUCAAUAGAACCAAGUUAUGACGUUGUUCGCGAUGUAAUUCAGGGAUUUGGCUUUCAGUUAGAGAAGGAAGAGAAACGGGUGAAGACGCGCUAUGCACAGAACGUUAAUAGUAUGUUACAAUGUGAAUACAACAGCGUAUAUUUUGUUUGUCGAAAACCUAAAAGACGUAUAGAUAACGAUACGAAUCAUAGAAAUGGCUCUGAAAGUAAUGGUAUCCAAGAGCAAGAAAAUUAA